AUGCAGCAAGUUGUUGAUUCUGUCAAGUCAGCCGUUGGCGCGACCAAGCUGCCUACAGGCCAGCUUGGAAAGAACGGACCUUAUGUCACUAGAAUGGGUUACGGAGCCAUGGGUUUGUCGGCCUUCUAUGGCAAGCCCAAGCCUGAUGAGGAGCGCUUUGCCGUGCUGGACAAACUGUACGAGCAGGGUGAACUCUUCUGGGACACAGCAGACAUGUACAUGGACAAUGAAGACCUCAUUGGAAACUGGUUCAAGGCCAACCCUGGCAAGCGCGAGCACAUCUUCCUCGCCACCAAGUUUGCCAAUUUGAGAGACGAACAAGGGAACCCAAUUGUCGAUUCCUCGCCAGAAUACUGCAAGAAGGCGUGCGAUAAAUCGCUCUCCCGUCUGGGAGUUGAAACUAUCGACCUAUACUACGCACAUCGUCUGGAUGGCAAGACACCCGUCGAGAAGACAGUCCAGGCUAUGAAGGAGCUCAAGGAGGCUGGCAAGAUCAAGUACAUCGGUCUAUCAGAGGUCAGCAGCGAGAGCUUGCGACGUGCCCAUGCCGUGGCUCCCAUCACAGCAGUCCAGAUCGAGUACUCGCCCUUCUCUCUCGACAUUGAGAGCGAGCAGAUCGGUCUGCUCAAGACUUGCCGCGAGUUGGGCGUUGCCGUCGUUGCAUACUCUCCCAUCGGACGCGGAAUGCUCGGUGGCUCAAUCAGAUCUCCCGACGACUUUGAGGAAGGCGACUUCCGUCGUUUCGCCCCUCGUUUCAGUGCCGAGAACUUCCCCAAGAAUCUCAAGCUGGUCGAUCAGAUCACCGAGAUCGCAAAGAAGAAGGGUCUUACUGCUUCUCAAAUCACAUUGGCUUGGUUGAUGGCUCAGGGCAACGAUAUCUUCCCCAUUCCCGGCACUACAAACCUCAGCCGUGUCGACGAGAACCUCGGAGCCUUGAACGUCAAGCUUACUUCCGAGGAGAAGAACGAGAUCCGCAAGGCUUGUGAAGAGGCAGAGGUCGCUGGUGGAAGAUACCCUGAAGCCUUCUCCAAGGCUUUGUUCGCAGACACCCCUGCUCUAUAA